AUGAGGAACCCAUCAUCAUCAUCAUCAUCAGGGACGACGUACAAGACACCAUGUUGUAGCAAAGUGGGGAUAAAGAGAGGGCCUUGGACUCCAGAGGAGGAUGAGAUUCUAGCAAAUUACAUCAAAAGAGAAGGCGAAGGGAGGUGGCGGACCCUACCCAAACACGCCUGUUUGCUCCGCUGCGGCAAGAGUUGUCGGCUCCGGUGGAUGAAUUAUCUGCGACCCUCCGUUAAGAGAGGACGUAUUGCUCCCGAUGAGGAAGAUCUCAUUCUUCGCCUUCACUGCUUACUUGGCAACAGGUGGUCUUUGAUAGCCGGAAGAAUCCCCGAACGAACUAAUAAUGAGAUCAAGAACUAUUGGAACACCCAUCUUAGCAAGAAGCCCAUCAGCCAAGGAAUAGAUCCAAGAAACCACAAACCACUAAACCCUAGCCCUAAUCCCACAGAAAUUGUUCAUGAUCAUCGUGCGUCAAUUUCAAACCAAAACCCUAAUCGUGGCCCUAAUUCUCCUGGUGGAAGCUCUCUGCAGGCCAAUGCUUUUCAAAGUGAUCAUACAAACCUGGAACAGUGUGAUCAUAAUCUAGCUGUGAAUGAUGGUGUGAUGGCGGGAAAUGAAGAAGAUUAUAUUGAAAACUGCAACGAGGAUACGUUCUCUUCGUUUCUCGAUUCUUUGAUUAACGACAAUAUGUGUUAG